UAUUUUUAUCAACAAUUGGAGGAGUAUUGACGAUGUUUCUUAUCAGCAAAUUAGGUAAACGAUUCCUUACGUUGUCGACGUUAUUAAUUUCCUCAAUUUGUUAUAUAAUGGUCGGAUUAAUUGGUGUGUACUGGACAAACUCAAAACCAUUAACUGCUUGGUUGGUGUUAAUAUUCUUUCUAACUGCAAUUUUCUUAGCAUCGUUUGGAUUAAUGCCUAUUGCAUGGAUACUUUUAAGUGAAAUAUUUCCAAUGAAGAGUAGAAACAUCACCUGCAGCGCUGGUACGGCAUAUAGUUACUUAUUGAUUUUCUUCAUGAUCAAGUAUUAUCUUGAUUUCUCAAAAUUUGUGAACUUUUACAAUACAUUUACUAUAUUUGGAAUUUCUGGUUUAUUUGGUGCUGUAUAUUUUUACUUUUAUCUACCAGAAACUGAAAACAAAACAUUACAAGAUAUAUCUGCAUUUUUCAAAUAGAAUAUAUUAUUCCAGACAUAUUAUUUUGUAUAUUUAAUCAUUCAAGCAUUUGGCGUGACUAAUUUAUUAUCUUGCAUUAUAAACUAAACCCAUUUCGUUAAUUAUUUAUCCACCUCACUCCUUAUCAAUUCACCAUUAGGGCCUUAAAAUAUUAUAAUAGUCAUGACCUUAGAUACAAUACAAUAGUUCAUAUAUAACUAGAGUUUCGUCUAAUUAGAUUAUGAUAUUUUUA